AUGGAGGGCAGUGGCUGGACAGCAGAGCUGACGCCCCCUUCGGGCACAGGAGAUGAAGGGAACAUCAGUGAGCCAGCCUUUGAGGUGUUAGUCCACAACAUCUCCUCGGACCGCAGCCUGCCGUUUGCUGGUGUGAAGCUCCUGCAAUCCUUCAAGGGCCUUAUCAUCCCGUGUUAUGCCCUUGUGGUCCUGGUGGCUGUGCUGGGGAACUACCUACUGCUUCACGUCAUCUGUUGUGCGCGUAAAAUGCAUAAUGUCACCAACUUCUUCAUUGGCAACCUGGCCUUCUCUGACAUGCUGAUGUGUGCUACCUGCGUACCCUUCACGCUAGCCUAUGCCUUCAACCCUCGUGGAUGGGUCUUCGGCCGCUUCGCCUGCUACCUGGUGUUCCUCAUUCAGCCUGUCACUGUCUACGUGUCUGUAUUCACGCUGACCGCCAUUGCCAUCGACAGGUACUAUGCCACGGUGCACCCACUGAAGAAGCGCAUCUCGGUGCCUGUCUGUGCCUACGUCCUGAUGGCCAUCUGGCUGCUUUCGUGUGGCCUGGUGGUACCCGCCGUCGCCCACACCUACCACGUAGACUUUCGCCAGGAGGGCUUCACCAUCUGCGAAGAGUUCUGGAUGGGUCAGGAGCGCGAGCGGCUGGCCUACGCCUACAGCACACUACUCAUCACAUAUGUGUUGCCGCUCUCUGCGCUCUGCACCUCCUACCUGUGCAUCUCCGUGAAGCUGCGCAGCUGUGUGGUGCCGGGCCACCACAUCCAGAGUCAGGCACAGGCGCACCGGGCACGCAAACGGCGCCUCUUUCGCCUAGUGGUGCUGCUUGUAGCAGCCUUCGGUGUGUGCUGGCUGCCCAUCCAUGUGUUCAACGUGCUGCGCGACGUUGAUAUUCGCCUCAUCGACAAGCGCUACUUCCUGGUUGUGCAGCUGCUGUGCCACCUGUGUGCCAUGAGUUCGUCCUGCUGCAAUCCCUUCCUGUAUGCUUGGCUGCACGAUCGCUUCCGGGCCGAGCUGCGCCGCAUGUUUGCAUACCACCUCCGGCGACACCGCCGUGUGAAUGUGCCCGCACCCGCCCUCCGUUGCGCCACUGCCAGCGUGGUGCUCUGA